AUGCUCAGCACCUGCUGCGACGCAACACCUACGCCAACUGGCUCACCCUGCGAAGUCCUCCGUCAGGUGGAACGACUCGGUGGUGCCCAAACAAUAAUAGACCGUGUCGAUCUUGCAACCGGUUCCACAACACCAUUCUACGUCCUUCACAGCAACAAGGAAAACAAAACGGUCGCCGUGUUACACGCAGACCCCCGAGCGCAGGCAUCAGGUGAAGCGUUGGGCACAGCAAAACACCACUCCCUAUCCUCGAAGAUCGACGUUAUUCUCCGCGGCAUGCCGAUCAAGAUGAAGACAAACACGAUGGGAAACUUGCACAGGUUCGACCAUCAGGGACUGAGCUACAGUUGGAGUGUCUCCAACUUGAGCAUGUCGAUGAACACGAUGUACUUGAAAGAUGCCGGAGGAAACUUGCUGGCGACAUGGAAAAGGUACCCUGAAGGCAGGUUAAGCGGCAUGCUUGGACAAUCGUCCCCGGCGUUUGAGGUCUACGUUCCGCCACAGAGCAUUGACAUGGACAUGGUGAUUGUAACGGGGUCCGCGGCGAUUGAAUACUGGCUGAAGUACAAGAAGGAUUCCUACGCAGCGGUAGGAGAGGCCUUUGGUACAGUCUGA